AUGAUGUUUAGUGGUAGUGGAGGGGACGGAGACUCCGGGCUAGGUCGGAUAAACAUGAUGCCAACGAAGGCGAUGCUAAGUCCUACGGCGGAGAUCUCCCCAAGGGGUCCACCACAACAACAACCACAGUGGGGACUGCAAGAAACGAAGGACUUUAUUGGGAUUAGAGCGGAGUUGGAGAAGGAUUUUACUGUGACAAAGAGGAACAAGACGUUAUGGGAGAUAGUGAGUGCUAAAAUGAGAGAGAAAGGGUACCGAAGGACACCAGAACAGUGUAAGUGCAAGUGGAAAAACCUCGUCAAUCGUUACAAGGGCAAAGAGACAUCUGAUCCUGAGACUGGCCGGCAAUGCCCGUUCUUUGAGGAACUCCAUGCAGUGUUCACUGAAAGAGCUAAGAACAUGCAGCGACUACUUCUUGAAUCUGAGGCAGGUUCUACUCAGUCAAGGAAAAGGGUGAAAAGAACUAGUGGAGAUAGAUCCUCUGAAGAAUUCUCAGAUGAUGAAGAUGAGGAUGAAGAGUACAGUGAGGAGGAGAAGCCAGCUAGAAGCAAUUCUAGGAAGAGGAAGGUUGAAAAAAUGGUAGUGAAGUCUCCAAGAGCGAGCAGUAGUACCGUUGGUGGUAUUCAAGAAAUGCUCAAGGAGUUCUUCCAGCAGCAACAAAAGAUGGAGAUGCAGUGGAGGGAGAUGAUGGAAAGGCGUGCUCAAGAGCGGCAGAUGUUUGAGCAGGAAUGGCGGCAGUCAAUGGAGAAGCUCGAGAGGGAGAGGUUAAUGAUUGAGCAGGCUUGGAGGGAGAGAGAAGAACAGAGGAGGAUAAGAGAAGACAGCAGGGCUGAGCGGAGAGAUGCGCUGCUGACAACCCUUUUGAACAAACUCAUCCAUGAAAAUAAUCUAUAA